AUGGUGACUGAAAAAAUCAGGUCUCCAAAAUUUGAGAUAAACAGUAUUAAGGAACAUAAAAUAGCUGAAUUAUUUAAAUUAGAACCAUUGGAAAACAGUUUCGAUUACUGUGAGCGCUAUUCUCCCAUUACUCGAGUAAUUAAAUUUGUAUGUAGAGGAUUUCCAAACAAAUUCGCUAUUUUUGAUGCGGAAACCUUAAAUAUAAAGAAAUUUAGUUAUAAUUACAAUAAAGAGCUUAACUGUGAUGGAUUUGGAUGCUUAAUUCCACAUGGUAGCUUGUUUUAUGCUUGAAAUGAUACUUGAAUAAUUAUUGACCCAUUGGGAAAUUCAAGAAAUAUUACACCUUAUGCUAUAUGCUACCAUGCAGGAGCAAUUUAUUUUGAUGGAAAAAUAUAUAUUUUUGGAGGAUCUCAUGAAGUUGCAGUAAAAUUCGACAUGGAUAAAAAUAGAUGGUUUUCACUUAGCAAAUAUUCUUUUUCUAUUGAGAAUCGAGCCUUUUGCACUUUAUUCAAAACCAAAAUUUUAAUAGCAUCUUCUAGUGAGAAUCCUAUCUUUUAUGAUACUAUUACAGACUCUUAUUCAGAAAUUUUACCAAUAAAGUUAUCACCUAAAGUUCAUAAACAAUUUUUUGCUGUAGGUGAAAAGGUAUUUUUAUUUGAAUUUUCCAAAUUUAUAUAUGAGAGUGACGAUGAUUUAAUGACUUGAAAUAAUAUUGGAGAAUGCUCAUUAAUUAAAGAUUAUGCAGUUGUUUGUGGAUACCCCAUUUGCUAUAAAGAAAUAAUUUACAUUGCAACUUAUCAAUGUGCUUAUUCAUUUGAUUUAAAAGAAAAGAAGCUGAAAGAGGCAAAAAUCUUUGAAAAAUCACUAAUGGACCACCAUUCAUUUUGAUAUAAUGGCUAA